CGGCGACAAGAAAUGUUACAAGAAAAAUUUACGAGGGCCAAGAUGUUCCACGGACAAGCCGCCCUGUUUCAAAAAUAUAAAAAUGACCAUAUCGAAGUCCGGCUACGCUCCUGCGAACGGAUCAAAAUUACAGUCGAUCGAAAAAGGUGACAACGAUUCGGAGUUCUGGGACAUGAUGACGAUGCUAGAUCUGGGCGUACCGUGUCCUCUGACUAGACUGGAGACGAGCUAUUCCCCGAGAAACAGUUUCACCAGCAUCGCUUCCUUCGGGGGGAGAAACAGCCUGGCCAGCCACGUCGGAAAAAUCGAGGCGGAAAACGAGGUGGACAAAAUUAUCGAAUCGAUCGAUUGCGCUCGGGCCACGAAUACCAAGAAUUUCAAAAGCUACGGCUGCUGCCCGGAGGAUCCCCUCUUCAAAGAAACUACCGACGGCCCGCUUGACUUUGAACCCUGCUCGAAAUCACCCAAGGUCGUUUGCCUCGGGGACGGUACAAUUUUCGACGAUAACUUCGUAGAACUUCUGGAAGAUUCUAGCAUAAAGAUUUGCCCCAUCGAAACCGGAUGCACGAGCGGCGGAUGCUCGGCAGCUUCGAAAAAUUUUUCGAAAACGUCACACUCCUGCAAUACCUGCUCGUCGGACACCAGACCCGUCAAAUAUUACGUUUUGGACGACGAAACGAAACCUUCGGAUAACGCCGGUCAAUGUCACAACGUUAAAAACGACACGAAAUCCUCGGCGGGAGACGACAAAACCGAUUCGGACGGAUAUCAAACGGCGGAGGAAUCGCCGGUUCAAAAUUAUUUCAAUCCUAUCGAAGGUCAGGAUUCGGUGGGGCGAAAAUUCUCCUCGGAUCGUACGGACGCGAUAUUGAACGAGGCCAAAAAGGAACUGCGAGAGGCCGGUAAAUUGUACAACAAGGGAAAAUACGUUACUCAGAGCGUGAUCGGUGAGGAUUUUAAAAAUCGAGAAUCUUCCGAAUUCGAUAAUUUCGGGGCCGAGGUCGCGUCCUCUCUUAAAACCAUGGGAAAACAACGCGCGAAAAAGUUGAAGGAAAUUAUCUCUCAGACCCUGCGAAGCGAAAAAAGCAACAAAUUCUAGCGGAGUGCAAACUAUCGAUUGUGAGUAUCGAUAAAUUAACUGAAAAUGUAUGUUCAACUUCGAGUACGAAUGCAGCUGUUUGUUUUUGGUCUUUUUUUUUCUUCUUUUUAAUAAAAAAUAUCGUUUCCUCGUUGUGUAUAAUCUUGGUUAGAAAGAAGAAUUUACAAAGUGUUCGUAAGAAGGGGUGGAAAGGAAGGCGGCGAAAGAAAAAGAAUUUUCUAUAAUAUACGAUGUAUGCGAAAAGAUUAUCCUGCAGGUUCUUCGCUAGUUUUAGAUUAUACCAGAAAACUCCGGAGUUCUUAAGAUGAUGAAAUGAGCCGGUACAAUGGGAGGAGAUUCUUUAACCAACCCCCGCAGCUUUGCGUCGGGGAUAAAUGGUCGGAAAAUAAUGUUUUCAGGCUCGUUUGUUUGUACAAAAAAUUCCCCUGUCUGUGGAAAAAGGACAGUCCUUCGUACAUGGAUAAUUCGACGCGUCAUUCGGCUUACACGGAAAUUCACCGUGGCAUGGAAAUGCCGGAGGUCACCUUCACCGAAACUAUGAUAAAAAUAAGAGAGAUAAGACGAUACUACGUCGACGAAUUGCAAAAGAUUUUAAAGGCAAAAAAUUCCGGCUACAAAUACGAACCGAAGCCGAAAUGGUUUCGAACGCUGCACGAUUUUCUCUACGCUCAUUUGGACUUCGACGAAGCCGCGGAACUCCAAGGAAACGAAGACUCGGCAACUUCGUGUUACCAAGACUACGACGAGUACUCCGAAGAAGACGAGGAUACUUCGGAUUUCGUCGAAUCGGAUUCGCCCCCUGCACCCUGCCGCAGGGAUUACAAAAAACGGAUCUCGAAUUUGGAAGCGUUGAAGAACGCCGAACGAUGCGGAAAGAGACAGGGUCAGAUUAGAAAGAAUAUUCGCGACUCCUCAGCGGCUGAUUCCUCGUCGACUGAUUACCGUCGUCCAUCUUGCAACAGGAAAAGUUCUACGAUAUCACCCUGUAAAACAGAUUCGUUAAGAUCAAAAGUAAAAGGUUGUCCGGCAGUCAAGGUUGUCCGAUGCAAGCGUGACGUAAAUGAAACUAAAACCGGAUGUGAAAUAUAUCGCGAGUCACCGACUGACUCGAAAAAGUCUACCUCCGUCACAAUUAUCUGCGACAAGAAGACGGAUCAUGAAGAAUCUGGCAGGCGUUCUACCUGCAGUAAAAAAGUGACCGGCGUAUGAUUUUUUUUCUCUGCUUUCUUUCGGGAGUUAAAGUCCUUUUCUAAAAACUCUUUUCCAGGAUAA